AUGGCUGCUACAGCUGGCAAGUCUCAAUUUGUGCCCCGGCCAACCUGUCAGAGCUGGCGUACACCCCCCUCUGAACCUCUCACUCUCAGUGGGUGUGCAAGGGGGGUGACCGACGAAUAUGGAUCAAUGUUGACUAGCAUUCUAGAACCAUCUACGAGGCUGCGCGCCAUAUCAUCCAGUGUUAACAGUACCUGGUCGAUCCCUUGGCGUGCAUGGCUCAAUUUCCUUGCUCAAAGGCUCAAUUUUCCCGUGGCUGGAUUGGACAGGCUUUUCACGCGUCAUUUGAGCCCGGGCAUCAAGGCACACGUUUCUCCAUUCACGAUGACAAUGCGUUCACGAACUGACUAAAUGAUAGCCUAAUUUACAGUCAAGUACCCUACAUGUCUUAUCAUUCUGAAGUAUAUGCUGGAUUUAUGUUGUGAGUAACACAACACUCCCCCUCCCCCACUAACUAUCUCAGAUCUCGCACUAGGCUUUAGCGGCAUAGGUCUAUUAGAGACCAGGCGACACAAAGAAAGACCUCUCUUGAUUGCCGCGAUACAAGUGUCUAAAAAAUGGGGGCAGUUGAGAAUCCGACUGUGAAUGUCCUGCUCGGAAAAGGCGUCGAUCAAACAACAUAGUCGCCAAGGACAACGAGGCUUGCGCAAAAGACGGGGAGAUAGCCAAAAGAGAGGCCAUGGCCGAUGUUCUGGACAGGGGAAAAAUCGCCUUUUCCGGGUAUCUAUGUUUCUAUCGCGCGCAGAAUAGCCUUUGCAAUAC